GAGACGCUGCGCCUGGAUUGAAGCGAGACAACAUGUCAUCAAAAGGGACGUCGGCCACUUCUCGAAAGAAAGGAAAAGUCAGCAAAGCGGAAAAACUGCGACUGCAGAAAGAGGAGGAGGAGCGAAGGCAGAGAGAAGAAGAAGAAGCUCGAUUUCUUAAUGAGCAGAUUGAAGCAGCUCGUUUGGAGAAAGAGCGACUAGAAAGAGAAGAGCUUGAGCGUCUGGAAGCAAAGAGACUAGAACACCGUGAGGAGGAGCUGGGAGAAUAUCGAGUGCUGGUCGAUGAAAAACUGGAAGCUGCAGCUCAGUGGAAGAAAGACCUGCGGAUACGGGCGAAGUGGGAUCGUUACAUGCUCUGCGAUGGAAGCCCUGAUCCUACAAUACCCCAGGAGAUCAACACGUUCAUGAGUCUGUGGAGUGAGGAAGCUGAUGAGGAUUUUCAGUCCGUGCUCAAUAAAAGCAGCCUGGUUCUGAGUCUGAUUGAGGAGCUGGAAUUCCUUCUACUUGACACUCCACCGGAGGAACUGGGAGAAGCUGAAGCCGCCCAGUACACACAGACUAUCCGACUGCUGCAGGCGCUACUGCAGCGCAAAUUCGAUGAGGCCACAGAGCAUCUCCUGAAGAACGCGGCUGCGCUGUCCGACAUUGAUACAGGCAACAUGCAGAAAGUCAUUAAAAAUAACAACGUCACUCUCUGUAUCUGGGCGAAUCUUAACAAGAACCCCAGGUUUCGGGGUUAUGAGUUCCAGGAGGAGGCGAUCGCUUUCGAUUUGCCGAAACCUUUGGCCCUGAGUAACAUUGCGGUCCGCAUCCUUCACACGGACUAUGACCACUUGUCCUGUCAAUGUCAGGUUUCUCAGCUACAAGUGAAGGAGUCAGAAGAAAAUCCAGCUGCCGAGACCAUCAUCCCAGAUAGCGAAGCCGAAGAUUGGAAGCCACCGGCUGACGAAGAUGAAAAUCCUGCACCCGAAAUCGUUGCAGCAGCGGAAGAGGAGGAGGUGAAGUCCGAGGAGAGGAAGAGUGUCCUCAGCGCCACGUCACCCAGGGCAAAUGUGACUGACCUAGAGGAGAAGACCGCUAAUGAAGUGGAGAGGAAGACUGAGAGUCAGGCUGGAGACACCAGUGAAGGUCAUUCUCAAACUUCAUUACUGAGCGAGGCCCAAGAUGAGGAACUGCUGGAGGACGAAGAUGUCGUAGAUUUGUGUCAGUUCACAAGUCUGGGAGGAGUUUAUUAUUUCGAUGUCCUUGUUCUGCCACCACAGUGUAAGCAGGUGAACAGCUGGAGCAUGGUGCAGCUACUGGCAGGAGGUCUGCAGAAAUUCCCCUUCCCUCAGGAUUCGUACCUCUCUACCAGUCUGGGGAUGUCACUGCAGGAGAAGGACAUGGAGGCUCUGAACUCUCCCCCAGUUGGAGUUUCCUUUAAAGUUCCUAGUAACGUGAUCUUCUUUGAAGAACCUCAGGUGGCUCGAUGGGACACAGAAAGCAGGAACUGGAAAACCGAUGCAAUCACAGACAAAAACUACAAUCCAGAAUUGCGGGAGCUGACGUUCAAAAUGGACGCCUUCUACACCUUCGCCCUGAUCCAGGAAUCCCACCUGCACAUGCCAUAUGAAUCAUGGGAACUCACCCCCAAAGGCGUAAAUGAGGUGUCAUUAACGAUCGCCUCCGCCCUUACAGACAUCCAGAUAGAAAUCAAGGAGGAGCAAUGCCGACUGGCGGCCGUGUCUAGCAUUGAUGGUGACCUAUCCCACAUCAUCGGGAGGUGGAUGACUCCUCUGUGUCUCAAAGCUGCAAUGAAAAGAGUUGGACUGAACGUCUUCCCUGAAGAGGAUUCUGGGAAAUACGUCAGCGUCAAUAAAAAGAAUGAACAAGUGGAAAAAAUGGCAUACCAGGAAAUGGCUCUUCUGUCACCUUCAUUUACCUUCGGGUGGAGCAAAUGGAACCAUAACUGCAGCUACGAGGAGAUCAUUGUGAAGGUGAAAGAAAGCUCCGGAUUCCACAACGAGGAGGACUGGUCCCUGUACCUACUGAGCACACAGAGGACCCAACGCCUCAAGAUCUCAGAAUCCAGCGACACCUUUUCUGAGGAGCUUUACGACGGCAGCGAGUUCCACACCACUCUCUAUCACAUGAUCAGAGAUUACUGCAGCCCCGAGGCCACCGAGAGGCUGCAGCGCUCCGACCACCUGUUCAUAGACUGCGUCUACGGGCUGCUGAACGGGACUAGAGUGCUGACAUACUCCUAAAGAC